CUGGGAACUAGUUAAGCAAAUUAACCAGGGAGAUAGCACCGGGAAGAUAGCAGCUUGUCAGCAUGGCUCAAGAGUUUGUGAACAGCAGAAUCCAACCAAGGAAGGUGGUUGUGUUCAUCAAGGCCACCUGCCCCUAUUGCAGAAAGACCCAAGAGAUUCUCUUCCAAUUGCCUUUCAAACAAAGGCUCUUGGAAUUUGUCGAUAUCACAGCCACCACUGACACAAUUGUGACUCAAGGUUAUCUCCAACAGCUCAUAGGAGCAAGAACAGUACCUCAGGUUUGUAUGGCUAAAGAUUGUAUUGGUGGAUGCUCUGAUCUAGUAGCUUUGUAACAGAGCGGAGAGCUGUCGAAACGGCUAGCGGAUAUGGGAGUUCUACGAUAAUUACAGAGCCCCCAGGCUGAUGUCCCUUUGGAAGCUGCAUGGCAUCACAAAUGAUGACAGAAUUUCCUAAUGGAUGGAUCAGGGGAUAUUAUUUCCCAGCUACUGCAACUGUUUGCUUAAAAUUCUGAAAUACAGUAGCCAAAAAAAGGGGGGAGGGUGAGGAUGGUAUUUGGCAAAAAAAAACUCAUCCAGUGGAAAAAAAAACGCUGCUAAUAAUAAUAAUAUGGACCCUGCUCUCUUAUCUCUGAACUUUGUUCACCAAAAUACUUGGGUGUGUUUUGUCAAUAGCACCAUCCCUGAACCUUCCUGACAGCUUUUCCUCCUUUAGUCUAAUGACUCUGAUCC